ACAUCCGAGGCCUCGGAACCCUGUGGCAUCAGGGGCAAGACUCAGAAUGGGACGCCAGAAGGAUUUUAUCAACAAAUGCAACCAGUUGCUGAGACUGAGGAACAAGCUGCUGAGACAGGCGCUGUCGGAGUGUCUGGGGACUCUCAUUCUGGUGAUGUUUGGCUGUGGCUCUGUGGCUCAGGUGGUUCUCAGUAAGGGAUCCCACGGACAAUUCCUGACUGUCAAUCUGGCCUUCGGAUUUGCCGUCAUGCUUGGGAUUUUAAUAUCCGGACAGGUAUCAGGUGGCCACUUGAACCCGGCAGUGACCUUCGCCCUGUGCAUCAUGGCCAGAGAGCCCUGGAUCAAGUUCCCCAUCUACAGCUUUGCCCAGACGUUGGGAGCCUUCCUCGGUGCCGGCAUCAUCUACGGCCUGUAUUACGAUGCCAUUUGGUUCUUUGGAAACGACCAACUCUUUGUAAUGGGCGAAAAUGGCACGGCCGGCAUCUUCACCACAUUCCCAUCGGAGCAUCUGACACUUAUAAAUGGGUUUUUUGAUCAGUUCAUUGGAACCGCAGCUCUGAUUGUCUGUGUUCUGGCCAUUGUUGAUCCAAACAAUAACCCGAUCCCUCGUGGGCUGGAAGCCUUCACCGUGGGGUUUGUUGUCCUCGUCAUUGGGACUUCCAUGGGCUUCAACUCUGGUUACGCCGUCAACCCCGCCAGGGACUUUGGGCCUCGGCUCUUCACAUCUCUGGCCGGAUGGGGCACUGAAGUCUUCUGGGCCGGGAACCAGUGGUGGUGGGUGCCUAUCGUCUCGCCCUUACUGGGAGCCUUUACUGGAGUUUUAGUCUAUCAGCUGAUGAUCGGAUGCCACAUUGAGCCUGCACAAACUCCUCAAUCCACCGAACAAGAAAAUAUCAAACUGGCAGAUGUCAAAAACAAGGACAGAAUCUGAUUCCGCUGCCGCGAAGGGACUGUAUAUAUUCCAGGGACACAGCAACGAUAUAAGAAGGGAUUCCAAAGCCUUAUUACUCUCCAGGAGUCACCACUCAGCUUUGUUGUCUAUGUUAGAAACUUCUUAGGAUGUCAAAUUUGUUUCCCCUUCUUGUAUAGAUAUGUCUUCCGUUACCAUCCAGAUAGGUCUGUAAUAAAGUCUUCCAGUGACACAAUAUGCAUAUUCCAAUGUCAUGGUGGUGGUGUAUCUCCAGUGUCAUGGUGGUUCAUCUUACAGUGUCAUGGAGCUAUGCAUAUUUUAGUGUCAUGGUGGCAUAUCUUCUACAGAGAUACGUCUUCCAGUAUGGAGGAACUUCUCCUUCUAGUAUCCUGGAAAUACAUCUCCAGUGUCCUGGAGAUCCAUUUUCCAGCGUCAUGGAGGUUCAUCUCCCAAUAUCCUGGAGAUACAUUUUCCAAUGUCAUGGAGGUUCAUCUCCCAAUGUCCUAGAGAUCCAUUUUCCAGUGUCAUGGAGGUUCAUCUUCCAAAGUAAUGGAUAGCAUCUUGCAAAUGUCACAGAGAUGCAUCUUCCAGUGUCAUGGGGCUAUACAUAUUGCAGUGUCAUGGUGACAUAUCUUCUACGGAGAUACGUCUUCCAGUGUGGAGGAAGUUCUCCUUCCAGUAUCGUGGAAAUGCAUCUCCAAUGUCCUGGAGAUACAUUUUCCAGUGUCAUGGAGAUACAUCUUCCAAAGUAAUGGAGAUCCAUUUUUCAAUGUCCUGGAGCUAUAUUUGCUGUGUCAUGGAGAUACAUCCUCCAGUGUCAUGGGACUAUGCAUAUUUUUGUCAUGGUGGCCUAUCUUCUGUUGUUAUGGAGACAUCUCUUCCAGUGUCAUGAGGUUCAUCUUCCAAUGAAGUUUCAUUUUCCAAUGUCAUGGAGAUUCAUCCUUCCGGUGUUGUGAAGAUAUCCCUUUCCAAAUACAUCACUCUGUGUCGUGGAGAUACGUCCUACAAGACCAUGAAGAUGUAUCUUCCACUGCCAUAAAGAUUUGCCCUCCAUGUCUUUUUCUUCUCUUGCCUUGCAUUGUACAUAGCUUGCUUUGGUGGCAAAUGGAUAUGGAACAAAGGUGUUUCAAGCAACUGCUUUAUCUAUGCAUUUGAGGUUCUGCUGGUCUCUAAUUCUAUCCAAACUCCAGUCCAGGUAGAGGAAAAUACGAUUGGCUCACAAGUUGAACUGUAAUUGGGAAACAAACCUGAAGUAUUUGAGAAUCAUUCCUAUUGAGAACAUCCAUUUUAAUGCUUAAUGGGGAAUAUACUGAAUAAUAAAAUAGGCUUUAUAUUCCCUUUACAAGUAAGGCAUUCUCUCUAUGGUAUAUAAUGCAACACUGCAUCGCCAUCAUGGAGUCAGGGAACUGCCCAAUCACCAUUAAAGGGGAAAUAAUGACUGUUAUACAUAGGGAAUCAUUAUCAUUGUAGGUUCCUUUAUGCUCCAGGUCAGAUGUGCCAACAGCUCAAUGAUAACAUCAAUAAAUAAAAAAUAUCUGUUGAAACCUGUAAGUGGCCGAUGCAUUGGGGGGAAAGGAUCUCGCCCGCUGAAAGGUCCUGUUUGUACUUCAAACACAUGUAAAGCUUUGUACAUACAUUUGAUCGACGUCGCUUGUUUUAAGUACUGAAUGUGUUUUAUGUGAUAUUAAAUACACAAUUGUUAUACA